AUGCUGAACGCUGUAAAUGAACUAGACCGCGGCAAAGUGUUCAAGUGUAUUAAAAGAAAAUGCAACAUAGUUGUGCUGUACCACCACAGCCCUGCGGCAUAUCGUUUGUUGCCCGCAUUCCCGUUCUGUCUUCAGGUCGCAGUGUUUGUUGCUUCGCUCAGUGCAGCUCUUGCGGUUUAUGGAACUCACGCCGCAGUCAUUCCAGUAGCACCGGCCGUAGCAGUGAGCACCAACUACGAUCCACUGCCACAGUAUACCUAUGCGUACAACGUGCAGGACGCUCUGACGGGCGAUAGCAAAAGCCAACAAGAAACUCGUGAUGGCGAUAUCGUACGGGGCUCAUACUCACUGGUCGAACCAGACGGCACGCUACGCACGGUCCACUACACCGCCGAUCCAGUCAAUGGAUUUAACGCAGUGGUCCAGCGUGGUCCGCUCGUACCGGUGGCCGCUGGUCCAGCCGUUCUUGCGCCAGCUCCUGUAGCGCGUGUGUUAGGCUAG